CUCCCCGAGAAUGUUCCGCUACGAGUCUUUGGAGGAUUGCCCUCUGGAUGAAGAUGAAGAUGCAUUUCAGGGCCUGGGAGAGGAAGAUGAAGAGAUUGAUCAGUUCAAUGAUGAUACCUUUGGGUCAGGGGCAGUUGAUGACGAUUGGCAGGAAGCACAUGAACGUUUGGCUGAAUUGGAAGAGAAGCUACCAGCGGCAGUUAAUGAACAAACUGGCAAUGGAGAAAGAGAUGAGAUGGAUUUGUUGGGUGACCACGAGGAGAAUCUGGCAGAAAGGCUUAGUAAAAUGGUGAUUGAAAACGAACUGGAAGAUCCAGCUAUCAUGAGAGCAGUACAGACCAGGCCAGUUUUGCAACCCCAACCAGGAAGUCUCAAUUCUAGCAUCUGGGAUGGAUCUGAAGUUCUGAGGCGAAUCAGAGGACCCCUGCUUGCUCAGGAAAUGCCUACAGUGUCUGUAUUAGAAUAUGCCUUGCCUCAGAGGCCCCCACAGGGCCCAGAAGAUGACCGGGACCUUUCUGAGCGUGCUUUACCAAGGCGAUCAACCUCACCUAUUAUCGGGAGUCCUCCUGUUAGAGCUGUCCCCAUAGGCACUCCGCCUAAGCAGAUGGCUGUGCCCAGCUUCAGCCAACAGAUUCUGUGUCCGAAGCCCGUCCACGUCCGGCCCCCCAUGCCUCCUCGUUAUCCUACUCCCUAUGGUGAGAGGAUGUCUCCAAAUCAGCUCUGCACUGUCCCGAAUUCUUCCCUCUUGGGUCACCCCUUCCCUCCUAAUGUUCCUCCGGUUCUCAGUUCCCUCCAGAGAGCACAACUGCUGGGAGGAGCCCAGCUACAGCCUGGACGGAUGUCUCCCAGCCAGUUCGCACGGGUCCCUGGAUUUGUUGGGAGCCCACUUGCUGCCAUGAAUUCCAAGUUGCUCCAAGGGCGAGUUGGGCAGAUGCUUCCCCCAGCACCAGGCUUCCGUGCCUUCUUUGGUGCUCCCGCCCCCACGACGCCGCCUCCUCCUCCCCAGCAGCAUCCCCCUGGCCCAGGACCUCACCUCCAAAACCUCAGAUCUCAGGCCCCAAUGUUUAGAGCAGACACCACUCACCUUCAUCCACAGCAUCGUCGACUCUUGCAUCAGAGACAGCAGCAGAAUCGAAAUCAGCAUCGGAACCUCAAUGGCACAGGAGACAGAGGCAGUCAUCGGAGCAGUCAUCAGGACCAUCUCCGGAAGGAUCCCUACGCCAAUCUCAUGCUGCAGCGAGAGAAAGACUGGGUCUCCAAGAUCCAGAUGAUGCAGCUGCAAAGCACUGAUCCCUACCUGGAUGAUUUUUAUUACCAGAAUUACUUUGAAAAACUGGAGAAACUGUCAGCUGCUGAAGAAAUGCAGGGUGACGGCCCGAAAAAGGAGCGCACCAAGCUCAUUACCCCUCAGGUCGCCAAACUAGAACAUGCCUAUAAGCCAGUGCAAUUUGAAGGCUCUUUGGGAAAACUUACUGUCUCUAGUGUGAAUAACCCCCGAAAAAUGAUCGAUGCUGUUGUGACAUCUCGGAGUGAAGAUGAUGAAACAAAAGAAAAGCAGGUUCGGGACAAGAGACGGAAAACCCUUGUCAUAAUUGAGAAGACAUAUAGUUUACUCCUUGAUGUGGAGGAUUAUGAAAGGCGUUACCUCCUAAGUCUAGAAGAAGAGCGACCUGCGUUGAUAGAGGAAAGAAAGCACAAAAUCUGUAGCAUGUAUGACAACUUAAGGGGGAAAUUACCAGGACAAGAUAGGCCAAGCGAUGAACAUUUUGUACAGAUCAUGUGCAUCAGAAAAGGGAAGAGAAUGGUUGCCCGCAUUCUCCCUUUCCUCUCCACAGAACAAGCAGCUGACAUUCUCAUGACAACAGCCAGAAACCUCCCUUUCCUUAUCAAGAAGGACGCACAAGAUGAGGUGCUGCCCUGCUUACUGAGUCCCUUCUCUCUCCUCCUGUAUCAUCUUCCAUCAGUGACUGUCACCAGCCUUCUGCAACAGCUAAUGAACCUACCUCAGAGUGCAGCUGCACCAGCACCUUCCAAUCCUCACCUCACCGCUGUGCUCCAGAACAAGUUUGGCCUGUCACUGCUCCUUGUCAUCCUGAGCCGUGGGGAAGACCUACAAAGUUCGGAACCUGCUCCAGAACACAGCAGCCAGUGGACGGAGGUCAUGUUCAUGGCGACCCGAGAACUUCUACGGAUUCCCCAAGCAGCCCUGGCCAAGCCAAUCUCAAUACCCACAAACCUAGUAUCACUCUUUUCUCGCUAUGUUGACCGACAGAAACUGAACUUGUUGGAGACAAAACUGCAGCUAGUUCAGGGGAUCCGAUAAAGAGAUCUUCGGAUGUUUCCUGUACCUCCUUUUGGCUGUCACCUGCACUGCUGCCAUCACCAUGGCGUGUUUUUUAAUGCGGGAGGGAAGGUCGCUGAUUCCCCAAAGCGUCUGUGGGGCUGAUGUCUGUUCGAGAGACGCUCUCGGGGUCAGGUGGGCCUGCCCACAGCUCUGAGAAAGGUGGCUGGGUGAUACUUCUGCUGGUUUCUUCUUACCUACUGUGUUACACUUCUGCAUGUCCUACUUUGACUAAAUUCUUCCCAAUUUUGCAGGGUUGGUUUUGCCCUAGAGACACAAAUAUAAUCUCUCCCUUGAUCCUACCAUCACUACUCCAGUUGAGAGUAGAUUGUAGCCUGCCAAAAGGACUCCUUCUCUCAUCCUAUUGAAGUCUUAACUGCCCCAUAUUAAUAUUCAGAUGAUGAUAGGAGAGCCAUGAAAUAGAAAUACGCAUAUAUACAUAUAUACCCAGUAUAUGUAUGUAUGUGUGUGCCCCUAUACAUAAGUUUAUGUGGUAUCCAGCAGAUCCUUUAAAGAAUCAGUUUUAGAUUGAAAACGACUUAGUUGACACACACCCCCUUCCUCUUGAAACUCAAAACCAGCUGAUGUAUUUUUUUUAACUAUUUUUAGUCCAUCUUGUAAUUUGGUGGGUUCUACUUGUUUUACUAUUAAUACAGGGUAUGCAGCACAUUUAAUAAAAGUGACACUUUUCAUUGGCUGCUGCCCAGCUCUAGACAGAGAAGUCGUUUCCCUUCCUGCCCCACCUAUGUUUCUCCACCUCAAUGGAGACAGCACACGGUUAUGUCAUCGUCCUGCUACAAGUACGAGGUAUUGUUGAUUCUGUCUCCUCUAAUUCGGACAAGAUUGCCCAAGGCGAUCCUGCUUCCACGGUGUAGCUUUUGCACACUUUGCUCUGUCUUCCUCAGACUUCAGUAAGCCAUGCUUUUCCUCCUCUUCCCGCCCCCUCCUCCCCCCACCCCCUUUUUUGGAGGUGGCAUGGACAGAUAUCUCCAAGCGUAGCCUUGGAAGCUACUUUGGCGUGCUUGGCCCGCCCGUCUCCACCGCACCAUGGCGGAACCAUUGUCGCUGCUACUUUAUCUCACCCAAGCCCCGUUCCGGGCAAGCCUGGGGCCUGGGUUGGAUUCCCGGCAGGGGCAGCUUGCUCUGAUCCUUUUUCCUUAACCCCUCUUCCAUUCAGCAAUCAACCAGGAUGUAGGACUUUGAUCCCUAGUGAUUCCAGCCUUCAAGAAAAAGAAAUCGUAACUAAUUUUACACGACUAUCCUGAUAACUCUUUUGCUGUGCUCGCCUUUUCGAAUGUAGCAGAGGGGACAAGUUCUAUUUAAACUGAAGAAGACAUUUUGCACACAUACGGAUUGUACAACAGUCAACCCCUCCGUUCUAACCAGCUGUCCUAGUUCUCCAUCUCCCAUUUCUUUCCCCUCUGUGGCCCCAAGCUCCACCAGCUGUUCCCCAGUGAUGUAACCUAGCUUCCCUCUGCCAUAAUCUACUGACCAUGCACCUUUCCUUCCUUCCCUUCACAACUGAUCGAGUGAAUACUUGAUUAUUAUGAAUUUCUUUUCUGUGCUUUAACUUUUUGUUUGGUUCUAAUAAAAUUAAAAUUUCUAAAUUUACAUUUUUAUAGGGUAUUGUAAAUACAAAUAAAUUGUAUACUUGAAAAAAA